CUUUUGACAGGAAAACUACGUACAUCCAGAGACAACUGCCUGGCUGCGAAUGGUUCAAUCCAUCUGUGCCAUGGAAGUAACACUGUGGUUUCUCGUGGUUUUCGGGUCAUCUCUGAUUCUCCAGAGCUCAGCUUUUGGAAAACGUUCCGGAUCGAGUGUCAAGGGCCACGUUCUGUUUUGUCCUCAAAAAUAUGAACUAUUUAAUGGUUUAUUGCAACACUAUACGAUGAAACCGGAGGAUAGUAUGAACGAUGUUCUAGCACGUAGAAAAAUGUCAUUCGAAGGCAACUUGGAUGUUGAGUGCGUAAAACAGAACGAUGAAGCUAAGGUGUUCGUAUACGCUCCAGAAGGAUACUUGGUUGAUAGAUUGAUGUUUGAGAGCAAAGAAGAUUGCAAAACAUUGAAGGACAACACACUUAUAGUUGGAAAGCUGAUACCGGCUAAGGCAAAUAACUAUGAUAUGUUAGACUUCCCUGUAACAUACACGUUGCUUGGAAAAGUACGUCGGUGUGUCAUAAGACCCUACACGCUUAUCAAAUUGCAGUACUACACCAAAUUAUAUAGAAGGGAGCCUCUACUGAUAGAUUGCGAAAAGAGAACUGAGAUUGGGACUGCAAAAAUUAACUAUAAGAAAGGAGAAAUGUUACCAACUGGAAACUACGAAAUCAUGGAAUUCAUCAAAGAUGCUGAUUUUGUCGGUGAACCUUCCUAUAUCACUUUAAAAGCUGAAUCAAACAUCAAGCUCAAGUGCCAACAAUACUCCAAAGAAGAAAGAAAAAAGGACGGAUGGACACACUUAACCCCGUUUGCAGUUGGAUAUAUAACUUAUGAGAACUUAAUCUUAGAAAGGUUAUUUCUAGACUCUUGUCCAGUUGGCGAAGUUGAAGGGAUGUACAUCAACCGCCUACCGCAAUCGCCUUUCUAUGAAAAAGAAUUUACACUUGUCUUCAAAACAACAAAAGGGCCCUGUUUUAAAAUAUCCAUUAGCUAUAUGUUUCAAGAGCUAUUUCAGGAUAAUGAGCAGUUAACAUAUGCAGUUAACAUUUACCGAGACAACCAUCGCGAAGUCAAUUGUCCAGAUGAUUGGAACAGUGACGCAGCCUUCAACGUGAAACCAACAGGGCGUAUGACUAAGUGGGUUCACUCAGUGGUUAAACUGGCUGGUGGUGACUAGUUUGUACCCAUUGAUUUCCCUCUGAAUCAUCUGAAUUUAUUGAUUAAUUUAUUAUCUGA